CAAAAAAAUUGGUCAUAUCAUUAAUUUUUUCUACUUAUAUUAAAACAAAACAAUUAAUGAAUUCGAAAUAAUUUUAUUAUUUAAGUGUAUUUAUUUUGAUAUAUUCAUUUAAACGUUAUUGAUUCAAUUCAACGGAUUAUCAACUAAUUUUAUAAUAUUUUGUUAUAAAUAUGAGAAUGUGUACUAUACAAUAUUAAAAUGAAGAAAUUUCAGUAAUACUCUUAUAGUUUAUAUUUAUCAGAUAUGUAUUGGAUAUUAGUAUGAAAUUAUGUUAAAAACAAUGGAAUUAUCAGAUUCUUCUGGAAGUACAUCAACAGUAAUACAGUCUAUGUGUCACGUUCGAGCAUCUGAAUUAUAUCCAAAGAGACAUUUGGAAACUGAUGAAGGACCACCUACUUUAGAACCACCAACUGUACCCUUCACGCCUCUAGCAGGUGAAUCAGUUGAAUAUUUAGGACGUGGUUCCAAUAACACUGUUUUAGCAUUAUCUAAUUAUCGAUUUUACCAACAAAUAUCAUGUGAAAGAUCAAAACAUGUAAAAGGCUUUCAGGAUAGUAAUAUUCCAUUAGGCUUAAUUGAAAUGGUUGAAAUCAAAGAUUUAUUUUACAUCAUUGUCAGUUGUAAAGAUGCCCGCACUUGCCGAUGUACCUUUUCUACUAAUGAUUUAUGUAUAGAAUGGUUUAAGAGGUUAAAUAAGGCUAUACAAUGUCCAAAAAAUGUACAAGACUUAUUUUCCUUUGCUUUUCAUGCAUGGGCCAUUGAAGAACACUGUAAUGAAGAAAUUUCAUUUAAUUUAGGACAUGAUAAAGAAGAUGAGUAUUUUAUGAAAGAGAUUGAAAGACUUAAUAUAAAUGUAGUUGGUGAUAAUGUAAAAUGGAGAAUUUCAAAAGUAAAUUGGGACUAUAAAUUAUGUGCUAGUUAUCCUAACCGUUUGUUAGUUCCUUCUUGUAUAUCUGAUCAAGUGCUUGAAGCUGCAGCAAAAUUCCGUAGUUCUAAAAGAUUGCCAGUUGUUGUAUGGAGACAUAAAAGUAAUGGAGCUAUAUUAGCAAGAUGUUCACAGCCAGAAGUGGGUUGGCUUGGAUGGAGAUCUUCAGAUGAUGAAGAACUAUUGAAAGCAAUAGCUGAAUCUUGUCAACACAAUACUAAAAAAACAAAAGUAUUAGUGGUUAUUGAUGCUCGAUCUUAUCCAUCUGCUGUUGCUAAUCGAGCCAGAGGUGGUGGUUGUGAAUGUCCUGAAUAUUAUCCUGGCUGUGAAAUACGUUUUAUGAAUUUAGCAAAUAUACAUGCAGUCAGAAAAAGUUUUCAUUUACUUCGCCAAUUAUGUUCAUCACCUUCAGAUCUCCCUAACUGGUAUAGUUUAUUAGAAAGUACUAGAUGGUUACAUAAUAUGAGUGGUUUACUUCAUGCUGCAAACACCAUUGCAGCAACAAUUGAGCUGGAAAUGCAUCCUGUAUUAGUACAUUGCUCUGAUGGCUGGGAUCGCACUCCUCAAAUUGUAUCAUUAGCAGAAUUGAUGCUAGACCCAUACUAUAGAACAAUUGAUGGUUUUCGAGUUUUAUGUCAAAGAGAAUGGCUAGAUUUUGGUCAUAAAUUUUCUGACCGUGGUCAAGGUGAUGAUCCUAAUGAACGGUGUCCAGUGUUUAUUCAAUGGCUUGAUUGUGUUUAUAACAUGAUGAUUCAGUAUCCAUGUGCAUUUGAAUUUUCUAAGUCUUACCUAGCAAAACUAGCUCAACAUAUCUACUCAAACCUUUUUGGUACUUUUUUAUGUAAUAGCAGUGUUGAAAGAAAACGUGUUGGAACUUGUACUGCUACAUUUUCAGUAUGGAAACAUUUAGCUGCUUUACCUGAGUGCAGAAACUAUUUAUAUUCACCUCAUUAUGUUUUAUGGAUUAGAUGUAAUGUAAGUGAUAUGAAUCUUUGGAAGGACUUGUAUGUUGGUCCAGUUAUCAAUGGGCCACAUUUAGCUAAAUCUACUGAAUUAUGCAAUUCACAAUUGAGAAUUGAUAGUAUGAUAGAAACUUUAGGUAGUGAUCAACCAAUUGUAAUCACUAAUGAUGAUCCAUGUUUAGAGUUAUCCAAAUGUGAUGAUAUAUUUUCAAAUGACGAUAAAGAUGAUAAGUCAUCUGAUACUAAUUCUAAUUCAAGUUUAGUUGCUGAAGAAAACUGUAUUGACCGACAUUUAAAUUUAAUUAACCAUUCUUUAAAUCCAAUUGAUGGGUUAUCGCCAAUUAUAGAUGAUAUACAAAAUAGACUACAACAGAUUACAUUGGAACAUAAAAAUAAAGAAGCUGCUUUACAAAAUGAGCUACAUGUAACACGGUUAGUACUUUUACGUCAAGCAUCUCAUCGAUCUAAUGGUGAUGUAACAACUGCUUCUGAUGCUAAUAAUCUUUCAUUGAUGGAUAAAGUUGAUGAUGAUGUGUCCGUGUGUAGCAGUACUGGAGGGGAGACAACAUUGUCCUGGGAACCUGUAGAAGCCCUGGAUGCUCAACCAACUCUUUGGGUUCCAGAUCAUGCAGUUACUCAGUGUAUGUCUUGUGACAAUAAAUUUUGGCUUGGUAGACGAAAGCAUCAUUGUAGGAGUUGUGGUAAAAUAUUUUGUGCUGAUUGCUCAAGAAAUUUGGUACCAUUACCAGCUGAACAACUGUAUGAACCUGUACGAGUUUGUGAAUCAUGUUUUGCAUUUGGUGCAAAUAAUUCUAUUGCUUCAACAAGCACUACAUGUAAGCAAGCAGUUGCAGAUGAUCACAAAAGUGUGAAUGUUACAUUACAACCCGCACAGUCAAACUGAAGCAUAUAGGUGGAAGUAUGCUUAUAACACUUUGUUAAAAAUAAAAUAAAAACAACUAUAAAUAAUCACAAUUAAAAUAUUAUAACUUCUAUAUUGUAUUUUUA